UGCUGCAAAUUAAAAAUAUAUAUUUAAAAUGUUUUGUUCUGAGAAUGAUUUUUCCUCCUUUCCUCCGUUUAUUUCUGCACCAACAUAAACACUUUUUAAAUAAUGUUAAGAUAAUUAUAAAUUUCAGGGUAAUUUUAAUAUAAGGUUUUUAUUUAAAGAGCAAGUCACCCCCUACCAGAGUCUUACUCCACUCUCACCUCAUGUUUGAAAAAUGCAACAAAUGCCUUUGCUUGGCAGACCGAGAGGGUGGAGCGGCUAACAAACACACACACAGGCUCACAACGACAUUGUGACAUCAUAAUGUGCCAGCUAAUGUCAUAGCGUACCUCUUAGCCAAUAGCGGUGGCAGAUUUAAGAGUUUUUUUCCUGACAACGGCACAACACUGACAGUUUUAGGCAGAAUAUUUAAAUUUUAACUAAGAUGCACUGAAGUGCCAAAUUAUUGACGACACGUGUCUGCAGCACGAUUAGACACUCAUUUAUAGUUUAUCAGCAGAUUUGGGGGUGACUUGUUUUUAGUUAUGUUCAGUGAGAUAUUGAGAUUGAACUGAAUGGCUGACUGGCCAAUCAAAGCGUAAAAGAUCAUUUGAACAGUUUCAUCUCAGUUAUGCUUUUGGAUUGUUGUUGGUUCCCGUCAUUUGUUUCAUGUAACUUUAGAUUUCUGGCUUUUUACGUUUGCAUUUAGUGGAAGAAAAUCUGAAAAACAAUGAGGUCGUAUGAGAUUUAAGCUAGCCUCUGAUUUAUUUGUGAGUUUUGAUUAUUAUAAUGAGAUUUUCAUUUAGUUUUCUAGAACCAGAACCUGCUUUUUUAGAUGUCAUUUCCAUUUCCAUCCUUCUUUUUCUCCUCCACCUAAUGUAGUUGUUCAUUUUAAGCCCCUAAAAGGAGCUGAUCUUCAUGCUGUGACAUCUCAUUUUUGGAUUUCAAUCAUGAAUCUUUUUAUUUUUCUGCAUUUCAAACAUUGAAAUUUUCCACUCAAACCUGGAUGAUCUUUUUUGGGCUGAGGUGUGCUCACUGCAGACUCAGGUGGUCUAGAUGUGCUCCGCUCAAACCUUCACCUCCUCACCCAAUCACUCAUGUCACCUGCGCCUCCUCUCUGAGCCUCUCAAGAGAAAGAGAGAGAGUGUCUUCUCAUUCCUGUUCGACACACGCCAAAACACAAAAACAACCCUCUGAGUCCUGGCUGCUCCUGUGUCAUUAGGUCCAAACUCUGAUUUAUUCUGAAAGGUUUUCCUCCCGAGUGACGUGAAUGACUUGUGCAGGUUGAUCUCGCUCGUGUGUCUUUUGACACAUAAACGAGAUUGGCUGCUGCUGCUGAUGAAGCCCACCUUCUGUUUUUCUCUCCUUCAGGAUUUCUCCUCUUUUCCUCCUUUUUUCUGCAGACAUCCACCUAAUUCUACCUCAAAAUGGAUGGCUGUUGUCUUUUUUUUCCAGCCUGCCCAUGUUGAGCCGGGAGAUUAGAGCAAUCAGAUUAGGAGUGCUGCUGACCUGCAGGCAGAGAGAGUACGCAACUCUGAGUCGUCCGAAGUUCCGCUUCCUUGUUCGUUUUUAUAUUACCUCAGCUGUUUUUUAAUUCUGUAAAUUUGUGAACCUCUUUUUCUGUUGCUGUGCGACUGUAGAUUAGCAUUUGAUUACAGGUUUGUGACAGUCUGAUGAUCCCUUCCGGGGGUUGAGCUUCAGAGCAAUGAAGACAGGCUCUCAAAUCCGCCUGUUACUGUGGAAGAACUGGACUCUUCGCAAAAGACAAAAGAUCCGCUUCCUGGUGGAGAUCUUCUGGCCUGUACUGUUGUUCAUCGGUUUGGUGUGGUUGAGGAAGGCCAAUCCAUUGUACCAACAACAUGAGUGUCACUUCCCCAACAAGGCCAUGCCUUCAGCAGGGAUUCUCCCUUGGAUCCAGGGUAUUUUUUGCAACGCCAACAACCCCUGCUUCAGAUAUCCAACCCGGGGGGAGUCGCCGGGAGUUAUUUCCAACUAUAACAACUCCAUAUUAGCACGAUUCUACGUCGACGUCCAGGAGCUUCUGCUCAACGAGACGGAGGUGCAGCGAUUUGGACGCCUUUGGCGAGAUGUAACGUCCUUCACAAACUUUAUGGAUACUUUACGCCAUAAUCCUUCUUCAGUUGCAGGCCGCGGGCUGAGGAUUGACGACAUUCUGAAGGAUGAUGAGGUUUUAACAGCCUUCCUGUUAAGGGACAUCAACCUCUCAGACUCUGUUGUUCACCAGCUUGUAAAUGCACAAAUACGACUGGAACAGUUUGCGUACGGCAUCCCAGACCUGCAGCUGAAGAACAUAGCAUGCAGCCAGGCUCUGCUGGAGCGCUUCAUCAUCUUCCCCAGCCGGAUGGGACUCCACGGGGUUCGCAACGCCAUGUGUGCCCUCAGUCAGCAAAGGCUGCAGAGGAUAGAAGACGUCCUCUAUGCUAAUCUGGACUUCUUCAAGAUCUUUAAACUGAUGCCUCAGGUUCUGGACAGCAGAUCCCAGGGGAUUGACCUGCAUUUCUGGGGUCAGGUUCUCAGAGCAGCAUCGGAGAAGAUCCAAGUUCUGAUGAAACGAGAAAGCUCUCACGAGCUCCUGAAGGUGUUCACCUCUCUGUUCCAAGUUGGAGGUCCCCCCUCCUUCACCGAGCUGAUGUCUGGUGUGUCAAGCCUCUUCUGUGGGUACCCAGAAGGAGGAGGGUCUAGGGUCCUGUCCUUCAACUGGUAUGAAGACAACAACUACAAGGUUUUUCUGGGGGUGAACGGCAGCAAGAACCACAACUAUGUCUACGAUGACUCCACCACUCCUUUUUGCAACUCCCUGAUGCAGACACUGGAGUCCAACCCUGUCACAAAGAUCGUGUGGAAUUCAGUCAAACCCCUGCUGAUGGGAAAGAUUCUGUACACGCCCGACUCCCCAGCUGUCCGCAAGAUAUUAAAGAGCGCCAACACAACGUUUGAGGAGAUAGAGAGGCUCCAGAACCUGGCCAAAACCUGGGAGGAGGUGGGACCUCAGCUCUGGGAGUUCUUUCACAGCAGUGUUCAGAUGAACAUGAUCAGGGACACCCUGAGGAACCCAACGGUGAUGCACUUCAUGGACAACAGCUUGACCGAAUCGAACCUCACCACCAAAGAUGUUCUGAACUUCCUGCACACCGGACCAGAAAAUGGGAGAGAGGCGGGAAUGCCAAACUUUGACUGGAGGAAUAUUUUUAACAUCACUGACCAGAUCAUACACAUGUUCAACCAAUAUGGAGAGUGCGUUAGUCUGGAUAAGUUUGUGGCCUACACAGAUGAACCCCAGAUGAUCCAUCAGGCCUUGCACCUGCUGGAGGAGAACAAGUUUUGGACCGGUCUGGUCUUUAUGGACAUGCACCCCUGGACGACAAGUGUCCCCCCGCAUGUCAAGUACAAGAUCAGGAUGGACAUAGACGCAGUGGAGCGGACCAACAAGAUCAAGGACAGGUACUGGGAUCCUGGUCCCAGAGCGGACCCCAUGGAGGACCAGAGGUACAUCUGGGGUGGCUUUGCUUACGUGCAGGACAUGAUUGAACAAGGGAUUAUCAAGCUUCACACCGGCAACGAUCGGCCACUUGGAGUCUACAUCCAACAGAUGCCGUAUCCUUGCUACGUAGACGACCUCUUCAUGAUCACGCUGAACCGCUGCUUCCCCAUGUUCAUGGUGCUGGCCUGGAUCUACUCGGUCUCCAUGACUGUGAAGAGCAUUGUGCUUGAGAAGGAGCUGCGCCUUAAAGAGACCCUCAAAGCCAUGGGGGUCGACAGCGGGGUCAUUUGGUACACGUGGUUCAUCGACAGCUUUGUGAUGAUGACUGCGAGCACGGCACUGCUGACCACCAUCAUCAUGGGAGGGAAGGUGCUGAAUUACAGUGACCCGAUCGUCGUCUUCUUCUUCCUGCUGGUUUUCACCGUGGCAACCAUCAUGCAGUGUCUCCUGAUGAGCGUUUUCUUCAACAAGGCCAACCUGGCAGCUGCCUGCAGCGGCAUCAUCUACUUCACCCUCUAUCUGCCUCACAUCCUCUGCUUUGCCUGGCAGGACCGCAUCACCACCAACAUGAAACUGGCUGCAAGCUUGCUAUCUCCAGUGGCCUUCGGCUUCGGGACCGAGUACCUGUCUCGGUAUGAAGAGCAGGGCUUGGGUUUGCAGUGGAACAACAUCCAAACGAGCCCGUUAGAAAAAGACUCUUACUCCUUCCUCACAUCCAUCCUCAUGAUGCUGUUGGAUGCUGUCCUCUACGCCGUCCUGGCCUGGUACCUGGACAACGUGUUCCCAGGACAGUACGGCAUUGGUCGGCCGUUCUACUUCCCACUCCAGCCUUCAUACUGGCAGAGGCCAAAACCCUCACACACAGAGAUGGUUGAUCAAGAUCCCAACAGACCCGAUCUAGGAAACCAGGAGUUGGAUGCUGGGAGCAGAACGACGCCAGAGACGUACACCUGCAACGGCUCAGCCAGCAAGAAAACCUGCAAGCACCAAAGCAAGAGGGAUCAGCUGGAGAGACAGAAGGAGAACCUGAAGCUACUCGAGGAGAAUCCCAACCUAGAGGAGGAGGAGGACACUGGGAAGGAAGGUCAGUUAUUCUUCGAGUCAGACCCGAUGGAUCUGGUUUUGGGGGUGCAGAUUCAGGAUCUAGUGAAGGUGUACGAUGGAUGCUCUCGUCCAGCUGUCAACUGCCUUAACAUCAAUUUCUACGAGGGACAGAUCACAUCCUUCUUAGGGCAUAACGGUGCAGGGAAGACCACCACACUGUCUAUUCUGACGGGUCUUUAUCCUCCCACUUCUGGCACCGCCUACAUCAACAGGAGAGACAUUAAAACAGACAUAGACAUCAUCCGCACUUCUAUGGGGAUGUGUCCUCAGUACAACAUUCUCUUCAACCACCUCACCGUGGAGGAACACAUCCUGUUCUACUCGCUGCUGAAGGGUCGGAGCCGAGAGGUGGCGGAGAUGGAGGUGGAGAACAUGCUGUUAGACCUCGGACUGCCUCACAAGAGGAACGAUGAGGCUCAGAGCCUCUCAGGUGGCAUGCAGAGGAAACUGUCGGUUGCCAUGGCGUUUGUUGGAGGGUCAAAGGUCGUGAUUCUGGACGAGCCAACCUCAGGAGUGGAUCCUUAUUCCAGAAGAUCCAUUUGGGACCUCCUGCUGAAAUACAGAACUGGUCGCACAGUCAUCUUGUCCACGCAUCACAUGGACGAGGCCGACCUGCUGAGCGACCGCAUCGCCAUCAUCUCCAAAGGACAGCUGUACUGCUGCGGGUCGCCGCUCUUCCUCAAAAACUGCUUCGGUGUCGGGUUCUACCUGACGCUGGUGCGCCGCAUCAAGGACACGAGGAGGAGAGAGAAUGAGUGCGACUGUGCCUCAGACUGCUCCUGUUCCUGCUCCAUCUGCACCAGAUACAAAGAUCAGUCCCAGAAUCAGCUUCACCAGCUGGACAGAGUUCUAGACGGGGAUGUAGAGAACAUCACCAGUCUGAUCCAUCACCACGUCCCUGAGGCAAAGCUGAUCGAGACAAUCGGACAGGAGUUGACCUAUUUGCUCCCGAAUAAGGGUUUCAAACAUCGAGCUUAUGCGAGUCUGUUUAGGGAGCUGGAGGAGACGCUCGCCGAUAUGGGCCUGAGCAGCUUCGGCAUCUCAGAUACGUCGUUGGAGGAGAUCUUCUUAAAGGUCACAGCAGAUGGAGAAGCAGCAAAUAAUUCCACCACCGCUGAGCAGUGGAUGUUACAGGAGAGGAAAAAUGGCAGCAGAGUUGGUGUAGGAGGAGAUGAAGAACAAAACGGUCUAAACCACACAUCCGACAGCAGUGCAGGAAAAGCCUCCAGACAGGUGAAAGGUACAAUGCUGACCCUGAAGCAGUUCCACGCUUUGCUGGUGAAACGAUUGCACCACGCCUCGAGAAGCCAGAAGGACUUCCUGGCACAGAUUGUCCUUCCUGCAAGUUUUGUCUUCAUAUCUCUGAUCUUCACCCUGAUUGUCCCUCCCUUUGGCGAAUAUCCCAGUCUGACUCUGACCCCCUGGAUGUACGGACAACAGUUCAUCUUCUUCAGCAAUGAGCGUCCACUUGAUCCCAGAAUGAAACAUUUUGCCGACCGGCUGUUGAACUUUCCGGGUCUGGGAACACGGUGCAUGCAAGGAGAACCGCUAGGGAUGUCCUGCAACACCAGCGUCUCUGAGUGGGAGCAGCCUGAAGUGCCCUCAGUGGUCCUGGACACUUUCCAGAGUCCUGAAUGGAACGAGAGAAACCCAUCACCUUCCUGCCAGUGCAGCACCAGUGAGAAGCUCACCAUGAUGCCCAUCUGUCCCGCCGGCGCCGGGGGCCUACCCCCUCGGCAGCGGGUGGAGGCAACAGGGGACAUCAUGCUGGAUCUGACAGACCGGAACAUCUCUGACUAUCUGGUCAAAACCUACGCCAGUCUCAUCAGAACCAGUCUGAAGAGUAAAUACUGGGUGAAUGAACAAAGAUACGGCGGUCUCUCCGUAGGUGGACAGCUUCCCAUCCUGGACGUGAACCCUAAAGACAUCCAGAACGUUUUCCACCAACUGGGGCAAAUGCUCAACAUAACUGGGGGUCACUACUGCAGACUCACACUGAGGGAGUUUGGUACCUUCUUACACUACAUGGAGAGUGAGUUUAAUGUUAAGGUGUGGUACAAUAACAAAGGCUGGCACGCCAUGGUGUCAUUCAUGAAUGUGGCUAACAAUGCCAUACUGAGAGCCUCCCUUCCUCGGUUUGUCAAACCCGAGGAGUUUGGCAUCACCGCCAUCAACCACCCUCUGAAUCUGACCAAGGAGCAGCUCUCUGAAGUCACUGUACUGGCCACAUCUGUGGAUGCUGUGGUCGCCAUCUGUGUUAUUUUCGCCAUGUCCUUCAUCCCGGCCAGCUUCGUCCUCUACCUCAUUCAGGAGCGGGUGACCAAAGCCAAACACCUGCAGUUUGUCAGCGGGGUCAGUCCGCUGGUUUACUGGGUGGCCAACUUCUUCUGGGACAUGAUCAACUACUCUCUCAGCACCGCCAUGGUGGUCGGCAUUUUUAUGGCUUUUGAUAAAAAAUGUUACACAUCCCAAACAAACCUGCCAGCUUUAAUCGCUCUGCUGCUUCUUUACGGGUGGUCGGUGACACCCAUGAUGUACCCGAUGUCCUACUUGUUCAGUGUUCCGAGCACAGCGUACGUGUCCCUGUCCUGCAUCAACCUCUUCAUCGGCAUCAACAGCAGCGCCAUCACUUUCAUCCUGGAGCUAUUUGAAAACAAUCGAUCUUUGCUGAUGUUCAACGAGUGGCUGAAGAAAUGCCUGCUUGUGUUCCCUCACUUCUGCCUGGGGCGAGGACUCAUAGACAUGGCCAUGAAUCAGGCCGUUACCGAUGUUUACGCCAGGUUUGGUGAGGAAUACACAGUGGAUCCUUUCCGGUGGGACUUUGUGGGUAAAAACAUAGUUUUUAUGGCGGUGGAAGGCUUUGUCUACUUUAUUCUCAAUCUUCUGAUUCAGUAUCGAUUCUUCCUGGAUCACUGGUUGUCAGACUUCAGGCAAACACCGGUGGUGGAUGAGGAUGAGGAUGUAGCGGCAGAGAGGCGGAGGAUUUAUGAAGGAGGCAGCAAGAUGGACAUCCUGCAAAUCAGAGAUCUCUCAAAGAUGUAUGCAGGCAGAAAGAGGGCAGCUGUGGACCGGAUUUGUGUGGGAGUCCCUGCAGGAGAGUGUUUUGGUCUCCUGGGAGUAAACGGGGCUGGAAAGACGACAACCUUUAAAAUGCUGACGGGUGACACCGAUGUUAGUAAUGGAGAGGCUACUGUGGUUGGUUACAGCAUCCUGUCAGAGAUCCUUGACGUGCACCAGAAUAUGGGCUACUGCCCUCAGUUUGAUGCCAUUGAUGAGCUCCUUACCGGCAGGGAGCACCUCUACCUGUACGCUCGUCUCAGAGGGGUACCUGAGUCAGAGAUCUCCAGAGUGGCGGAGUGGGGCAUCCAGAAACUGGGUCUGACAGAAUAUGCAAGCUACUGUGCAGGAACGUACAGUGGAGGCAACAAGCGCAAACUCUCCACAGCUGUUGCAAUGAUUGGCUGCCCAGCACUGGUGCUGCUGGACGAGCCAACAACGGGGAUGGACCCGCACUCUCGGCGUUUCCUGUGGAACGCCAUCCUGAGUGUCAUUCAGGACGGCAGAGCUGUGGUGCUGACGUCUCACAGCAUGGAGGAGUGCGAGGCUCUCUGCACUCGACUAGCCAUCAUGGUCAACGGGACCUUCAAGUGUCUCGGCACCAUUCAGCAUCUCAAAUACAAAUUUGGCGACGGUUAUGUAGUGACCAUGAAAAUCAAGGCAGCUAAAGCAGGCUUGUCCCCGGAGCUGGAGCCUGUGGAGAGCUUUAUAGAGAGCUCCUUCCCGGGCUGCGUUCAGCGAGAGAAGCACUACAACACCCUGCAGUAUGAAAUUGCUUCUUCCUCCCUGGCAAGGAUAUUUCAGCUGGUGGUGUCCAAUAAAGACAGGCUGAGCAUCGAAGACUACUCCGUUUCCCAGACAACACUGGAUCAGGUUUUUGUCAACUUUGCCAAGCAGCAGACCGGGGAGGACGAGGGCGUCACGCUUCACAGAAGAAAACCACGAGGAAGAAAAGACAUCAAGAUCUCACCAGUGAAAAGGAAAACGUAAAAUCACAUGCAAAGUAAAAAAAAAAAAAGGUGAUGAGUUACUCAGCAGAGCGCCAACAUCUUAAUUUUCAUGAUAAAAACUAUUCAGACGAUGAAGCUCAUUACCUGCCAGGUUUGAUGAGGCCGCUGGCUGCAGCUGAGGACUCAUUUGAUCAAACACAAAGCAUGGAAUGAUGGAAUAAUAUGUCCUACUCUGAACAGUUGAGACUUAUGCUAAGACUUUAGACUGAUGAGCUGUAUAAAUAUGUACAUAUUGUAUGAGUAAUGAAUAUUUAAGCACCCUAGAGACUAUUUUACUCUUGUCUAAAUUAAUACAUGAUUUUAUUUUACAUACAUCUAGUCAAACUGAAUGCAAAAACAUUUUUACUAUGGCUUGUGUUCUUUGCCGUCAUUGGUGCAUAUUAAAGUAUUUAUCUGCUUUGUUUCAUACAUCGCUUGACACGUUUCUCGUGAACACAAGAGUUCUCAUCCCGAGGAGUCAAACUUGCUGCAGAUGAAAAGGGAAUUCUGUUUUGUGUCAGUCAUUUGUCUAAUUUUCUCUGCAGGUCCUGUCACAAUAAUUCACUCAUCAUUCAUGACGUAUAUGUGAAGUAGUGUGUUUUUUCCAGUUGUCCCUUCUCAAAGCUGUUCAGUGGCUGAGCAGAGAAGAGUCAGGAGGCAUUCCCUUAUGCCAAGAGGCUGCAUACCAAUAAAGCGGCUGAGAGAGACAGCUUUGCAAUGAGGCGACUGCAUCUUCUCAGAGUAGCUCGUCACAGCCCGAACUUAUCUGACAAACAGUCAAUUACUCGUGGCUGCCCGAGGCCACCCACAAGCCUGACUCACUGUCCAACUCUAAAAAAUGGAAGGAUGAUGAUCCUGAAAUAUUCAAGGCUGCUAAUGA